GCCUCAGCAAUAUCGGAGCCAAUCAUUGUCUUCGACGUCCUCCGUACAGAACUUGCUCUCAAAUGUUCCUUAUACAAAACAUACCCCAUCCCUCGUCUUCGGUCUAGGUUCUGAACACCCGUUCAGCAACUACUGGACAUGCCGCGGUGGCCUAGGCGAAGUCAUUUCGGUUCUUCCGAGGAGAGAAGAAGCCGACAGCCUGGUCAACAAGUAUUUCGAGGCCGUUGACCCGGUUUAUCCCAUGAUCCAUCGCGGAAAGUUCGAUGCAGACUUCGAACGAUUUUGGGCACUGACCUAUGAUGAGAAAAUACAGGCAGACGCGGCAUUAUUAGCUCUGCAUUUCGUCAUCUAUGCGAUGGGUACCCAGUUUACUCCUUUGACAUCGUCACAGGAGCGGGCUCAGAUCGCUGAGUUCUACGUGUCUGCUGCGCACCAAGCUCUGAGGAUAUCUGGUUAUCUCAGUCGGAUAUCUCUCCGAACGAUCCAGGCCAUGGUGCUGAUUAACUAUUUCCUCAUGAACAACAACCACGCCUCAGACGCAUGGUCAUUCGGUGGGGUGUUGAUGCGUCAAGCAUAUGCCAUGGGCUUAAACCGUGACCCGGAACUCAUCGUUCCGCGCGCGUCUGCUCUCGAGAAGCAGCAAAGAAGAAAAGUGUGGCAAGCAGUGCUCUUCCAGGACACUUUUCUGACUGUUUUGCUCAAACUCCCGCCUACCGCCACCAUCUCAGACGUGUCCGUAGAGUCUCUUAACGAUGACCCGGAUGGUGAGCAUGAUCCCAGUGUAUUUGGCCGCACGGGCACACCGGACGUGUUACCAAACCCCAUGCGCAUCAGCAACAUUGCGCCGCCGCCGACAACUCUACUGCCGCAUGAGCUUGCAGACCGCGAGUACAUUCGCACCAUGUGGCGGUUGGCGAACUUGGUGCAGCGAAACGUUUGCAUCUCACGCUCGCUCAGUCGCCCAUUGACUUCGAGUCCUCGAGAUAAGAGCAAUUUGCUGGCGCAGUUCCGCGCAUUGUACAACAAUGUCCCCGCUGCUCUAACUAAGUCGAUCAGCGAAGACACUGUAAGGAGCUGCCACAGACAAGCAAAACAAUGUCUCUUCUUCCGGAGCAACUAUCACCACAGCAUCAUGCUAGUACUUGCUGAUGAGAACGAACUGGGUGGCGUCAAGUGCGACAUCCGAGGCGCAAUGGAGGCGGCGAGAGAAGCCAUCAGCGCAUUCUUUGAGUUAUGGGAUUAUCUUAGAACUGACGCCGGAGUGUGGUGGGUCUUUCAGCAUAGAGCGUUUGAAGAAGCGCUCAUGAUGGCUCGACUUCUCGUCCUCCAGCAGCAGCCCGACUCGCCAUUCGUAAAUGCGUCAAAGAGCCCUGCCGAUGACCCUUUGCGGAUGGGGGUGAAGCACGACAUCAGCAGGGUGAUUGACAUUCUCGACCAGGUUGGCAGCGGCGCUCCAGAGAUGCAGAAGACGAGAACCGAGGUGCUGCGAACGGCCUUUGAGGAGAUACAGUGGUAAUGACCAAGCUGGUGUGCAAACUUUAGAUGUCUGUAUCAUACACGGCUGGGUUGCCUUGUAGGUAUGUAUUGUUUUUGCGGGAUUCGGGCGCAAACGCAGUCCCUGGGCGAGCGUUGAGGCGUUGGGGCAACGGAGUCAUGUGCAAUAUUCUUGUGAAUGAGCUGUAGAUAUACAAAAGCCUCAACCAAAUACCUCUGUACCUCUUUUUAUCCCCACG